GUCCUGCCAGGGGACUUGGGGCCAGUUUCGGAGGUGCCGAAGAGACACCCACGGGGCUGCCCAGGGAGCAGGGUGCCUGCAUCCCUGGGCAGCCAGCUCCCAGCUUGGGGUGGGUGCAGCAGAGGCCCGCGUGACAUUGUGGCUGACAUUCCUCAGCGGCCACGUGGCCCCAACUGGCAGGGACAGCUGCGAUCAGGGGCCGCACCAGCUUUGUUCCCAGGGUGGCGCCCGCUCUCCAUCCAGGCCCUGCUCGCCUCCUGCCUGGUGCUGCUUUCCUGCCCGUGGCUCCGUGGGCAGCCGGCACCGUGGUCCCUGCCAUGAGUGCCUAGAAGCCCGCAGCCACCAGGAUUUCUCCGUGUGCCGGGCAGGGCUCUGGAAGGAUGGGGCAGGACCAGACGAAGCAGCAGAUCGAGAAGGGGCUCCAGUUGUACCAGUCCAACCAGACAGAGAAGGCGCUGCACGUGUGGAUGAAGGUGCUGGAGAAGAGCGCGGACCUCGUGGGGCGCUUCCGCGUGCUGGGCUGCCUGGUCACGGCACACUCGGAGAUGGGCCGCUACAAAGAGAUGCUGAAGUUCGCUGUGGUGCAGAUCGACACCGCUCGGGAGCUGGAGGACGCUGACUUCCUUCUGGAGAGCUACCUGAACCUGGCACGCAGCAACGAGAAGCUGUGUGAGUUUCACAAGACCGUCUCCUACUGCAAGACCUGCCUCGGCCUGCCUGGCACCAGGGCAGGUGCCCAGCUCGGAGGCCAGGUCAGCCUGAGCAUGGGCAAUGCCUUUCUGGGCCUCAGCCUCUUCCAGAAGGCCCUGGAGAGCUUCGAGAAGGCCCUGCGCUAUGCCCACAACAACGAUGAUGCCAUGCUCGAGUGCCGUGUCUGCUGCAGCCUGGGCAGCUUCUAUGCCCAGGUCAAGGACUACGAGAAAGCCCUGUUCUUCCCCUGCAAGGCCGCAGAGCUCGUUAACGACUACGGCAAAGGCUGGAGCCUCAAGUACCGGGCCAUGAGCCAGUACCACAUGGCCGUGGCGUAUCGCCUGCUGGGCCACCUGGGCAGCGCCAUGGAGUGUUGUGAGGAGUCUAUGAAGAUUGCACUGCAGCAUGGGGACCGGCCACUACAGGCACUCUGCCUGCUCUGCUUUGCUGACAUCCACCGGAGCCGUGGGGACCUGGAGACAGCCUUCCCCAGGUACGACUCCGCCAUGAGCAUCAUGACUGAGAUUGGAAACCGCCUGGGGCAGGUGCAGGUGCUGCUGGGUGUGGCCAAAUGCUGGAUAGCCAGGAAGGCACUGGACAAGGCUCUGGAUGCCAUCGAGAAAGCCCAGGACCUAGCCGAGGAAGUGGGGAACAAGCUGAGCCAACUCAAGCUGCACUGCCUGAGCGAGAGCAUCUAUCGCAGCAAGGGGCUGCAGAGGGAGCUGCGUGCGCAUGUAGUGCGCUUCCAUGAGUGCGUGGAGGAGACGGAGCUCUACUGCGGCCUGUGUGGCGAGUCCAUAGGCGAGAGGAACAGCCGGCUGCAGGCCCUGCCCUGCUCCCACAUCUUCCAUCUCAGGUGCCUGCAGAACAAUGGGACACGCAGCUGCCCCAACUGCCGCCGCUCAUCCAUGAAGCCUGGCUUUGUGUGAGUCCCACCAGCAGUCUCGGGCUUCUGCCUCACUUCCCCAUGCUCCUUCUCCACCACCGUGCGGGGGUCCCCUGACUGGCCAUGCCUUGGACCCUCUUUACUCCUGGGGCAGCUGCCGGGGCCUCCUCCAACCUCAGUCAGGGCCCAGGGCCUGCCCACUGUUGCUCGUCCAGGCUCAGCUGCCCUCCCUGACUCUUUGUACUUUGCUCUUUAUAGAAAAAUAAACUGUUUGUACUUGA